AUGACCCGAGAGAAUUCGCCAGACAACUUGAAUGAUGGUGAAAGCGAUGCCGAGGCCAGAGAUGAUCAGGUGAUUGUCGGCGCCCCCAUGGCUAGCCUCUUCAAAGUCACUAGGCUGAGGAACAUACGAAGUGAUCCCGGCUCUCACCGGCAUGGGCCAGUGACAUCCGACCGGGGCCAGCCCAUGGAUUUCAUCGACGAAGACCGAGCUUGCCUAGCUGAUGCCGAGAAGCUUUUCACAACCUUCAAGGGGACACUCAAUGCAUAUUUGUGGGGAGGGGUAGUAUUGGUGCAUGAUACUCUGGCCUCUGCCCGCCAGUCGUCGCCACUACUAGUGGCAGCGAUCCUCGCCGUGACCGCCCUUCACACACAAGAUGAGGGUCAAAGUUUUGACCGUUAUUACCCGAUACUGUUGGAGAUUGCUGGGCAAAGCCUCUUUCAAAGAUACCACAACCUUGACGACAUAAGGGGUUUGUGCAUUGGUGCCUUUUGGCUUUCCGAUGUCAGUUGGAAAUUAUCGGGUCUGGCUGUGCGCAUUGCUACCGAGCUGAAUAUUCAUCAGUCAUGCGCAAAGGCACUGAGAGGUGAUGCAGCCCAUUUUGAGAAGGCGAGGCUCUGGUACGUCUUGUAUGUGUGUGAUCAUCACUUCAGCAUCGCCUAUGGACGACCUCCCGUGAUCAACGAAGAUAUGACCAUCACAAACCAUCAAGCGUUUCUAGACCUGCCAGGAGCUACCAAAUCCGACAUUCGACUCCACAGCCAGGUGGGAAUAUUCAUGAUCCUCAGCCGUGUCGACUUCAGCUUUGGUCCCGAUAGAUCUAGGCUUGUGGCCAACGACGAGUUUGAGUCCAUCCGGCGCUAUGGCGCGGACAUCGAUCAAUGGAGGCGAAAGUGGGAACAAAGGCUAGAGAGGCAAGAGUUCAUCAACGUCGCGUUGAAGAGUGCUUCCUCAGCCUUGCACUUGAUCUUGGAGGACCCAGAUAUCCGCAAAGCCGUAGUUGGUGUUCCACUCUACUUACUGACCACCAUCUCGCAUGCAUCCAUCUUCCUAAUGAAGGUCCAUUCCAAGUGGAGAUCGGCCAAUUUCCAGGUUGGCUUCCAUGAAAUUGUGCACCUUAUCGAGGCAAUAGUAGUGUUGCUCGAUGACACCAGGGGUUGUUCCAGGCAUGUCAACCAGUACAUUGCCAAUGGGCUCCGCAGCAUGCUGGAGAAGUUCCGCAGAUGGGAGACAUCGAACGAGCUACAGUUGCAGACUCCUGCCAACGACAGCAAUAUGCUUUUAGGGUGGAAUGAAUCCCGGCAAGGAUGGGGGACAGAGACGGAUUGGGGAUUCGGCGCCGCCGGGCUAUCAGACCAGUUCGGGUUUGGCUCUGACUACUACCACAUGGAUCUCUUGGGAAUUCUAGGAUCUCAAAUGCCCGAGUCAUGA